AUGGUCGUAGGAGAUGUUCAGGCCCCGUCCGAUACAGCAUCAUCCGUUGGCCUUGCUGUUGAUGGCCGCUAUGAUGGCAGCUCUCCAACCACCGAUCCGUCGCAUACCGACCCUCAGCCUCUCUCAAUAGCAACCGAAGUCGCCUUUGCUGCCCUCUCUACCCUUCCGACGCCUUUACUCGUUCUCUCCUCCCGCAAAACCGUUCUGCUUGCCAACUCGGCCGUGGGAAGAUUACUUGGAGUUCACCAGGAUGAAUCUCAAAGGACUGCCACAGACUUGCUCAAGGGCCAAGCCCUCUCGCAAAUUGGAAUUGACAUGAUAUCCAAUGGCGUACCCAUUUGGGUCGAAUGGGACAAAUUCCUUGACAAUCUAGCCGAUGGCUUGUCGACACGGGAUAGUAGGUCUUCGACCGCGGAGCUGGUGCCUGGUAUACAAAGUGGCGACACAACCCCAACUGGACCUCCAGAUCCUACCAGAGGUCGGUCGUCAUUGCGGAAUAGAACACAGAAGUGCCCGGACACCGUGCUCGACGUUGUCAUCUCAGCCCGGAACGGUGGUUCUACACAUCACAACCAGCCUCAAAGACAGAACAAGACGCGGAGUGAUCGUCUGGGCGCAAAAUGCCGGAUGAUUGUCAGCAUCUGGACGCUGGAUGGGCAGCGUUUCUUCACCUUGACUUUCACCAGCCUGCUGACACAGUCCUUGCAUAAACAAGGAGCUCGUUCGGAGGCCAUACCUCGCAACCCUUCCUCAAAUUCCACCAGGUCGUCUCACUCAUCGCACUCGGUAAUCUUCAGCUCAGCAAACGGAACGUCGCAAGUCACAACGCCAGGCGAACACGCAGCUGGCAUGGCUUUCCCUCCAACGAGCGCUCCCGCCUCAUGCGCUGUUUCGUCGACCAUUACCGACUUCCACAAAGUCCUCAAGAUGAAAAACGCGAUGCUGAGCGCCAUUGAGAUCCCUCUAAUUGCCAUGUGGAAGGACGAGAGCGUGGUCCAUCCCAACUCGGCCGCUAGGCGGCUAUUGGCUGUGAAAACAAAUCCCACCUCUGGGGAAGCCUAUGAUUUCGUGUCCAGGUUUCGUCCAUGGUCGGCUGAUUUCUCGCGGCAACUUGAAGAGCAUGAAAACCCUAUUGUCGCACUUUGCCGCACGCAGAAAGCCUUCACCAGUUGGCAAAUCGGACUGGUCAACGAUCAGACAGGAGAUAAAUCAAUAUUUGACGUCAGCGGUCAUCCCGUGUUCGAUGAGAAGUCGGGAGAGUUUCUCGCGGGACUGAUUGCCUUUAAGGAUGUCACUUUGUAUGCCGACAAGAUCGCCCUACAAAUCGCCGAAAAAGAAGAACAAUUCCGUCUGAUAUGCGACAUGAUGCCCCAGAUGUGCUGGACGACAACAGCGGAUGGCUAUCAUGACUACUUUUCAAAGCGCUGGUACGACUACACCGGCUUGACACCGCCCGAAUCUUUGGGGUAUGGCUGGAAACUACCAUUUCAUGAGGAAGAUAUGCCAGACACAAUCCGCAGAUGGACACACUCUCUAGCAACCGGUGAAGAGUACAGGACUCAGUACCGGUGCAGAAGGUAUGAUGGCGAAUGGAGAUGGAUGCUUGGCCGUGCUUUGCCAUUCCGGGAUAGCAAGACCGGGAACAUCUUGAAGUGGUUUGGGAGCUGCACAGAUAUUCAAGAUAUUGUGGACGCGAAGCUGGCUGGGCAAAGAGACCGCAAGAAUCUCAUGGCCCUUUUGAAGCACUCACAGAUGACUUUGUGGAUUAUUGAUCGACAAGAGAAGGUAACAUUCUUCGAGGGCACCUUUCUCACAAAUGAACCCCUCAAGGAGAACAUGGUUGGACGGUCCAUCUAUGACUUGUUGGGGGAGUACUUGCACCCAAACUGUAUCAGUGGCUUCAAGGCCGCCGUCAAGCGUACCUUGGAGGGAACGUCGGACAUGGAAGAGUGCGAAAACGAGGUUCAUUCGCGGUGGUUUCGCUCUAAAAUGAUUCCUUUGAGAGAGAAACGCAGAGUGAACGACGUGGAGGACGAAAAUUACAUCAGCGGCGUCAUCGGAAUUGGCACAGAGGUUACGCAAAUGCGACAGAAGGAACAAGAGAACAUUCAGCUGUUGGCAAAUGAACGGGCAGCCAAAGAGGCGAGCAAAAUGAAGAGCAAUUUUCUGGCCAAUAUGUCCCAUGAAAUCCGAACACCUAUUGCCGGAGUCCUUGGUAUGUCAGACUUGUUGAUGGAUACGGUGCUGGACGAAGAGCAAAGUGACUUCGCCCAAAACAUUCAGCGAUCUGCGAACUCUCUCUUGACGGUGAUCAAUGAUAUCCUUGACUUCUCUAAGAUCGAAUCUGGCCGGCUCGACAUCGAAGAGGUUCAAUUCAGUCUUAGGAUCGUGCUUCAAGAUGUUGCGAAAAUGCUCUCAUUCGCGGCUCAUCGGAAGGGGCUGGAUUUCAGCAGCGACAUCCAACUGGGAAACUCGGAGGACCUCAUUCUGCUCGGGGACCCCGGUCGCGUUCGGCAAAUUCUUACCAAUCUCCUGACAAACAGUAUCAAGUUCACUUCCGACGGAUAUGUCAGGAUGAGCGCCUGCAUCGUCAAGGACACCACCGAUUCUGUUACCGUGGACUUUUCCGUCGAAGACAGCGGCAUUGGUAUUGAAGAGGAUGUGAAGAAGAGACUUUUCCGCCCCUUCAGUCAAGCAGACUCCAGCACCGCAAGGCGGUUUGGAGGCACGGGGCUCGGGCUGACCAUAUGCAAGAACUUGGUCGAGUUGAUGCAUGGGACAAUCAGUCUCGAGUCCAAACUCGACGCUGGGACUUUGGCCACGUUCAGUAUUCCUUUCAAAAAGCCCGAAUACAAGACAAACUCCUCUCCUGCACUCCUUAAUGUGGGGAUGAUGCCGGACCGGCUGCAGUCAGAAUUGUCCCUGUCCAUGAGCACUCCAUCACAGGAGGGAGGGCGAAAGACUAGGGCAGUUAGUCCAAUCAAACCCUCCAGUACUACAAGCAGUGCCGCCCAACUCUCUUCAGCUAUUUCACCCAAUCCAGAAUUAGAGGCGCCUCUUUCGGAUGCCCAGCGGGAGGAAUACCAUAUUCUCGUUGUAGAAGACAAUCCCGUCAAUCAACAAAUCGCUCUCAGGUUCAUUAGGGCCCUCGGCUUCUCCGUGAGAGCUGUGUGGAAUGGGAAAGAAGCACUAGAGUAUCUUCUCAAGGCAACUUCGCCAGAAUUGACUCCUGAACAGUCCAAGGCGUAUCCGAUCCCAUCUUUGAUUCUCAUGGAUGUCCAGAUGCCCGUUCUUGACGGUUACCGCGCCACCCACAUGCUAAGAUAUCAUGCCCCUUUCACGACCAUUCCGGCCAUACGCAACAUCCCAAUUGUGGCCAUGACUGCAUCUGCAAUCCAUGGGGACCGAGAAAAAUGUGAAAGAGCAGGAAUGGAUGAUUACAUGGCGAAGCCGGUGAAGAGGUCGCUGCUUGAGCAAACAAUUUUGAAAUGGAUAUCCCCAGGGCGCAGCGGCGCCGGGCAUACGGCGCCAGUAGCCAAUGCACAAUCCGCCAAAAUUCUUUUCAACCGAGCUUGUACUGACCAUUCAUCGACGUGUACGGACCAUGACGCCAUUGUUGCUGAAUUCUUUCCUGAGAGCACUCGUCAGCAGCAGGAGGGGUAUCUGGAGACUUCGGCCGGCGCAGAAGGCGUGGCUGGGCAAGGGCUUAAUCACAGGUCAAACAUAUCUCGGAGAAUCCUGGCGAGGGAAAUUCCUGGCGCUGAAACGGAGUCCGACCGGGCAACAAGGCGGGCGCAGGCAGAAGACACGGCAAGGGAUCUCCGAGAUGCUAAGUUAAUGUCUGCUACCACGGGCGGUCAGGCUCGAUCUCGCCUUGCCCCCACCAUCGUCCUAGGCGACAGCUGUCCCUUCGAAUCCCAGGCGCCAACUGCCUCGAACGGCUACUCCGAAGAUGUCCAAGAGAGCAUGAGUCCUUCCAGACUGGAAUUGACCGAGGAGAAUGUCUCCCUUCUGAACCAUGCCCAGGAUCUGGACCUCCGACCGUCAAGGACGUCGUCUCCAAGUGUGGAAUACAAUGAUUUUAAUGUCACCGAUAUUCCAGGACCUCCACCAGAAGGCUUACUCGCUGCGGCGGAUCUAGGAGGAGUGGAUGCUAAUGCCGAAGCGUUGGUACAGGUGCUGUUAGAACGGGCACAGCAUCAUGAUGAGCCCGCUUAUACCGUCACUCGGUCAGAUGUCAGUGGGCAGAAUCUGCCCUUGACAAGUCGACGAGGCCCUGGCGGGCUGGCACCGGGAACACGCCAGAGCAGUGACUGGAGCAACAGCACAGCAAGGCCAGCACAUUGA